AUGGACUCGCGAGCAUCGACAUCGUCUGGCGCCAUGCGUGCGCUCUCCAUGGAGCUCAAAAAUCUGCAAUCGCAACCGGUAGAAGGAUUCACGAUAGACGUCAACGAGGACAACAUGUUUCUGUGGAGCGUCGGCAUCUAUGGACCGCCGAUGACGUUGUAUCAGGGUGGAUAUUUCAAGGCGACGAUUCGAUUCCCAUCCAACUAUCCGUAUCAGCCACCAUCGAUGAAGUUCACGACGAAGGUGUGGCAUCCGAAUGUCUAUGAGAACGGUGACUUAUGCAUCAGCAUUCUCCACGCGCCCGUCGACGAUCCACAAUCCGGGGAGCUGGCGUGCGAACGAUGGAAUCCCACUCAAAGUGUCCGUACCAUUCUUCUCUCGGUCAUCUCGUUGCUCAACGAGCCGAACACGUCUUCGCCAGCCAACGUCGACGCGUCGGUGAUGUAUCGCAAAUGGAAGGAGGAGCAGGAUCCGGAAUACGCGAAAAUCGUCAAGAAACAAGUCGAGGACUCGAAGAAAGUGGCUCAGAGUGAAGGAAUUCAGGUGCCAGAGACCAUUGACGAGUACUGUGUGAAGUGGGCGCCACCAAAAGAUGAGACUGACUAUGGGAUGUUGGACGAAGAUUGCUUCUAUGACGACUACCAAGAAGACGAUCAGUCUGACGAGGAAGAGGAUGAUUGCGGAGCAUCGGACUAUGGAGAUGACGACGAGGACUCUGGGCAGGGAGAGAAUUAG